CUAAAAAGUUAGUAUCAGAAAUGAACAGUCGGAACUUGGAUGUUUACACUAAAGAAGAGCUACAGUUAUUUUACUACCAAUUGUCUGUCAGCUCAGUUAAUUUUACUAUAUGUGGUAUUUUCUCUGUAAACAACAGUCUUUUUAUCUCGGCAGUAACUGCACUUGCAACAUAUACAGUGAUGCUAGUACAAUUUCAUUCGAGAAAAACAAAGUACUGAUGUCGAUAAAUAUUCAAU